AUGAAGGCCUACAGCCUCGUUUUCGGUUUCGCAGCGCUCUUGACAGUCACUGUUGCGUCGCCUAUCACUGCUGUCAACGAGAAUGCUGUCGAGACUCCUUCAGUGACAAACUCCAACCCAGCCAAUGUUCUUGCAGUAGCACAGCCUCAAGCUUCACAAUGUAUUGGUCAAUGGUGGCCCUGCGAAGACUCCCAUGAUUGUUGCUCAUGCUUCUGCUUCGAGUUCUUUAUUUUCGGAAAGCUUUGUGCAGGCACUGAGCGCGCAGUCCCUGAUUGCACGAUUCAACCCGAACCUACCUUCACCCCCACGUUCGCAGCUGCCGCUUAUGCCGCCAUGGCCUCACCUACAACAACCGAACCUCCUUCCAUUGCAGCAGCAGCAGCGGUGCACGUCGACGGUACUGCUGACUGGCAUCCACCUGAGUAUUCCCGAGUCGUGACGACCAGCAGUGUCACAGGAUGA